CCUGUAUCGUGAUUCGCUCAGUGAACCAAGAAAAGGAGACCCAAGCAGCCGUAACUCGCCGCACGUAGAGCCUCAACUCUUCUGUUCAGCAUCGCCCACAGCCACUGAAGGGCAUCUGCUAUCCCUGCCAUCGAGGGCCAUGUCCUCUGGCACGGGGCCGACGCUGGCUCAUCGUAGCGUCGCCAGCAUCCGCUCAGCCCCGAUUCUGCAAGAGCCUGGAGCGCCACAUACGCCGCCGCGAACAAUCUCCAACACAUACGGCUCACCGGCCACGAUUAGAGCGGAUGAUGAUUUUCUGAUUAUCCAGAUAGGCUCACGGUUUGUCCGGGCUGGGUUCGCGGGGGACAACCAGCCCAAGGCUGUGCUCACAUGUGGACCAAAGGACCAGCGACGAGCAGGAGAUUUCAGGGAUUGGCAGCCGGCUGGGGAUGUCGACCUCCAGUCGGGGGAUAAGGAUUAUGAGCUAUGGCGGUAUGACCUGAGAGAGGUCGAUCUUGGGCUUGUUUAUGACAAGCUGGAUCGUCUGCUGAGAGAUGCGUUUGGAAGGUGUUUGCUGAUUGACUCUCGGCCAAGACGAGCAGGCCUCGUUCUUGAUUCUGGAGUGCCAAUCCCAAUCUUAUCCACUGUGCUGGAUCUCUUGUUCAAGGGCUUUCAAACACCAAUGAUCUCUCUCAUGUCGUCAGCCACCAUGUCUGUAGUAGCGGGUGGAAUUCGCUCAGGGCUGGUCAUCGACAUGGGUUGGGCUGAAACGGUAGUCACCAGUGUCUAUGAGUAUAGGGAGGUCAAAUGCACGCGUAGCGUAAGAGGAGGGAGAUAUCUCAACAACCAACUGUACAAGCUUCUUCACAAAAUCUUGACUGACAAAGAGGAGGAAGAAGAAGAAGGCGCACGAGUCAUCAGCUUUGCCGAGUGCGAGGAUGUCAUGUGCCGCCUGAUGUGGUGUCGGCCGCCGGCAUCCAAGUCACCUCAGGCACAGAAGCCGGCUCAGAGACAGUCACAGCAGCUGGACACAGUGGAGGAGCAAGACGAGUCCGAACCUGAGCCCGAACAGUCUCUGCAAAACAGCGUGGCAAGCAUCCCGCUGAGGUCCAUCAAUCCACCCAGGACGAUUGAGGUGCCGUUUGAUAAGAUUGCUGAUGUGUGUGAUGAUACAUUCUUUGAUCUGUCAAUUGCACAUAGCGCAUUUGAUGAUGAGGAUUUCCCAGUCCACCUACUCAUUUAUCGUCAUCUGCUACAGCUACCAAUGGAUGUGAGGGCUGUCUGCAUGCCUCGAAUAAUCUUCACGGGUGGCUGCUCCAACAUUCUAGGCAUCAAGGGGCGCAUCAUGGAAGAAGUCACAAGCAUGGUAAAGCGAAAAGGGUGGGCUAACGUCUCUGGAAAGCACGUGGAAGAGUCACGAAAUAGCCAAUUUUCUGAUCGAAGAGCGAGUAUAGCUAGAUCAGUCAGCUCAACAGCGACUGCAUCUGAUCUCGGAGAAGAACAAGAGUCUUCACGGCCAAGCUCGAUAGCAUCACAGUCGGACAUCGCGGAUCCCAUCGAGGCAAAGGUGGCACGCCAUCGGCCGCAGAUUUCGCAAAUGCAAGGAGAAUUCCGCACUCUUCAUUCUCUUGGGCCGUGGGCUGGAGCAAGCUUAGUUUCCCAGCUCAAAAUCCCCGCCAUGGCGACGGUAGACCGCGAGCUGUGGCUGCAGCAGGGGGCUUAUGGCGCGUCGCGCCCGAAUGAAAUCGACGUCAAGGCACAGCAACGGCAGAGCAUGGGCGCAGGAGGCUUUAUUCGCGGCAGUGGAGGCCAUCAUACCAACUGGACGCUAGGAGCCUGGGGCAACGUGUGAAGCAUUCUGUUUUAGCGGUUAUGUUCAUACGCCGCUUGAACGAGCUUGGAGUGACCCUACUUGGCAAUACUUCUGAUGUGGAUGAGUUUUGAUUUGCAGUUUUUUUCAAGGCGAAGCUUCGCUCAAGAAGCUAGCGCGAUAUGCCCAAUAGACGGACAAAAAGUGAUGGGGAUUUAGCGACUAUACCUUUUUUCUUUUCCUUUGCAACUUUUGUCAUGAAGUAUAUGAUCUAGAUCUCAUGAAUGACUACCAAGAAUAGACUGGCGCUAGACGGUAUAGUCGUUUUCCU